ACUGCCGUCGAGGAUUUCUUCUAGUUCUCGAGUGUCUUCAUGAUUCGAAAGUGGGGACAUCACCUCACAUCUGAAUACGUCUUGUCAAAAGUCAAGAGUUGAAUUCAGUUAGAAAAGAAUAUCAAACGUUUUCGGACACGAAUUAAUUUUCUAAAGAACCUCAAUUUAUCAUCAUCAUCAUCUUCAUCAUCAUCAUCCUCCUCAUUCUAAUCAUCCAAACAUCACAUAUAAACAUCAACAAACCAUUGUAUUUUUUUUCUCCCUCCCCCCCUUUUUUUUGAUCAACCUCCCUCUCACUACUUUCUCCCAAAAUACAAAAUGAAUAUGAAAUUGAACAAAAAAUUAUAAACUCAGUUUAAAAAUUUAUGAGAAAGUGUAAAAAAUAAUUUUUUACAAACUACUAUUUUCUCAUCAUGGAUUCCGUUAAAGUACAACAAUAAGUGUGAGAAAAAAAGUACAAUUUAGAGAAAGAACAUUUUUGUGAAUUUGAAGAAAAUGUUGAACCAGAAAAGAACUAAGGAAUUCGUGAAAUUAAAUUAAGGUGAUAAAGGAGAGAAGGAAAUAUAUAUAGAGUAUAGAAGAAAGAAGUAUAGUGUUGGAGAAAAAGAGAGUGGAAUUUUUGAAAGCGGGGGGGAUAAAAAAAAUGAAUUCGAAGGGAUCGAAUAAUGCAAUUUGUGAAAAAAAUGGACCUGCUAGUGAAAAACUUCUUAAUGAUUCAACAGCAGGGGGGAAAAUUAUAAAAACUCCAUCACAAGAACUCGAUGAGUUUUUUAAAGAUUUCCCAUUAACGGAUGAAACAAGUUGUGGAAUUGGUUUUAUUCGUGGACCAUUUUUGCAGAGAUUUGCGAAUAAAAAAGCAUACGUUUUUCUUUAUGGAGUAUUAGGAUGUAUAUUUGGUGCUAGUUUCGCAUAUUUUAAUGGUACUAUUACAACAAUUGAGAAGAGAUUUAAAAUACCAUCGAAAACAACUGGUAUCAUCACUGUGGGAAAUGAUAUUUCGCAACUUUUUGUGACAGUUGUGUUGUCAUAUUAUGCGGGAAAAGGACACAGACCGAGAUGGAUUGCCUUUGGAAUUUUAUCGGUGGUUUUAUUUUGUUGUUUGACGAUGCUUCCACAUUUUCUCUAUGGUCCAGGAAAGGAUGCAUUGAUGUUGACUGAAGAAUAUGGCGUAGCUCGGGAAAAUUUAACAGACAAUAUCAGACUGUUAAUGAAGGAAAAAAAAUUCCUCUGCCAGGACAAGGAAAGAGAUGCUGAUUGUACUGAGGAAGAUGGGAAUUUCACGCCGCAGAUUAUUCUCUUUAUAGCACAAGCCAUAUCAGGAGUUGGUGGUUCACUGUAUUAUACAUUAGGCGUUUCCUACAUGGAUGACAAUAUUCAAAAAUCAAAAACUCCAGCACUUAUUAGUUUCUCUUUUUUUAUACGGAUGCUGGGUCCUGCGAUUGGUUACGGCCUAGCAUCAUUUUCACUCGGAUUUUACAUCAGUCCAACUUUAACACCGACAAUUACCACUCAAGAUCCAAGAUGGCUCGGUGCAUGGUGGCUCGGUUGGAUAAUCCUGGCAAUUCUACUUUCCCUUUUUGCAAGUAUAGUCGCACUUUUUCCUAAAUCACUACCCCGGGCUGCGGCUAGAAGGGCUCUUGCCUCCCAAAAAAAUAAAUCAUCCUCAAGUCUGAAAGACAACGAAGAAUCAGAAUUACCAUCCUUCACUGAUAUGAUAGAAACAUUUAAACGUCUCUGGAAAAAUAAAUCAUACAUGUGCAACAAUUUUGCCUCUGUAUUUUACUGUAUGGGCUAUAUGCCCUACUGGAUAUUUAUGCCAAAAUAUAUAGAAACUCAGUACAAUCAAUCAGCAUCAGUCUCGUCACUAAUUACCGGAACGGUUGGUCUAGUAUUUAGUGCCUUUGGAAUUCUUCUUUCUGGUUUAAUGAUUACGAUCUAUAAGCCAAGGGCAAGAUAUCUGGCUGCAUGGAAUGUUAUGAUUGGAGUGAUUUCCGUUAUGGGAAUGAUAUUUUACGCUUUUCUAGGAUGUCCGGCGAAUGAUACUCGAGUUGCUCGCCAGUCUAAUGGUUCCUUGAAACCAACUCUAGCAUGCAAUGAAGAUUGUAAUUGCGACUAUGUCACUUUUAAUCCCGUUUGUACUACAGCUGGGAAUACUUUCAUUUCCGCCUGUCAUGCCGGAUGCACUUCUGUUAAGCUAGAUGAAAAUGGAACAAAAUUUUACACAAAUUGUUCUUGUGCAAUGUCGAGGAACUCUGAAAUGAUGACAAAUCUUUUACUCAGCAGUACUUCAAUAUUAACGGAAGAUCCUUUACAAAUGAAAAUUAAAGAGGAAUAUUCCGGCUUUGCUGUAUCAGGCUCUUGUCCAGUGGAUUGUCAAGAGAAGUUCUACAUUUUCCUCGCAGUUGUUUGUUUGCUAAAGUUUAGCGGCGCCACAGGAAGAGCGUCUAACUUUCUUGUUUCCGUGAGAUGUGUCGAGGAGAAGGACAAAACUGUGUCUAUGGGCUUUGGACUGAUGAUUAUGAGUCUUUUCGCCUUCAUACCAUCUCCCAUUUUUUUUGGUUACAUUUUAGAUAAAACAUGUCUCGUGUGGGGUAAAACGUGCAAUGGAUCCGGGAACUGCUGGCUUUAUAAUGGAGAACAAUUAAGAUAUUUAAUGAAUUUUACAGCUGCUGCUUUUGUAGCAGUCGGAAUAAUCUGUGAUGUAGCAGUGUGGUACUUUGUGAAAAAUGUAAAAAUAUUCGACGAAGAGGUUGAAUUAAAAGACGUAAAUGAAGAACAAGCUGAAGGAACAAUAAAGACAACUGAACAAAAUUCACUUAGGUCAUAAAGAACUGCUUAAUUAAUUUCGAAAUUACUUAUCACGGUACAUAUAUAUACCUACGAAACUAAAGUUUUCUUAAGAACAAAUUAAUAUUAAAUUAUUAAAUUUUUUUUAUUUAUUCCAUACUUCUCUUAAAUUAGAUGUAAAAAUUCCUUUUACCGGCAAGAUCUGUUAAAAUUAUAUCUUUUAUUUAUCUAUUGAAACAAGUAAAUGAAAAAAAUUGUAGGGAGAUUGUUGAAGAUGAUUUUAAAUAAAAAAUGUUGCUUAUUUUAAA